AUGCUGAUCUGCGGCAUUCAAUAUCCGAGCUUCAGGGGCUUCACUGUCGCGGCGCCGGGGUCCUUCUUAUCAUCUGAGGUCGGUGUGCUGGGACGGCCUGCUAUGGACGUCGCUUAUCACUACACAUGCCCCGGAUUCCGCGACCACUGCUCGCCAUUGACUGGGGUUUUAGAGUUCUGGACUGCCCCAUACCCAUCGCAGUGCCCAGCAUCAGCAACCGACUCCGAUGAAAUACGCCUGAUACUUCUGUCGUCGAACCGUUUCGAGCUCUACUGGGUGCUGACAGCCGGCUACCACAGCAAACCCCGGCAGUCCGAUUAG